CAUAAAUGCUUUCAUUUGUCAGAAAUUAGAAGAAAAAAAAAAGACAGAAAAAAGAGAGGGAGGAGGAGGAUGGAGGAGCAAAUUGCAAGUAUGGUGGUGUUGGGGGUGAUUUCAUGGACUACGGCGUUUCUGUUCAUACGAAAGAUGCUUCCGAAGCGAUCGUUCGACUUCUGCAACCGCCUUGUAUCCACAGUUCAUGCAACUGUGGCUGUUACCUUAGCUUCCCUUUCUGUUCAAGAUUGGAACUGCCCUGUGUGCCCUCUGGCUUCAACUUCUUCUCCUCGUCAGAUGAAAGCACUGUCUUUGAGCCUUUCUUAUCUCAUAUACGAUCUUGUGUGUUGCCUCUUUGACAAGAAAUUCAAUCCUGAUAAUUUCUUCCACCAUUUGGUCAGCAUUGUUGGCAUUGGAGCAGGCCUUUCCUACCAAAAGUGUGGGUCGGAGAUGGUGGCAGCAUUGUGGAUAACAGAGUUGUCCAGCCCUUUCCUACAUAUAAGGGAGCUUCUCAAAGAGCUUGGUUACAGAGACUCCGAUCUAAACCUAGCAGCCGAUAUUUUAUUUGCAGUUAUAUUCACGGUUGCAAGGAUGGGAGGCGGGCCUUAUCUCACCUAUGUGACUCUGUCUGCUAACAACCCAUUCAUCAUCAAGGCGAUGGCGGUAGGGUUGCAGCUGGUGAGCGCUUUCUGGUUCUACAAGAUUGCGAGGAUGGUCAAGUACAAAUUGACAAAGAGGACGACUACUGCUGCUGCAUCUAGUAAACAAGUCGAUCCCCCAACCCAUAAAACACGUAGCAAUUGAAAUUUAUCUGUUCGAAAGAAGAUGUACUACUUUCCAAUUAUUUUUAUGAAAGUUACCAAACAAUUAAUUGGGGUGUUUUAUGGAGUUGUAUGUCUUAGAUGAUAUGACUGAGUUAUACGUACAAUUCCAUUUUCUUUAAGUCACAAAUGCGUUUGGUUGCGAAGAACAUUACGUUUUAUAUUCCGAUGUAUGUAAAAUAAGAAAAAUGUUCAGAAGACCAUAUUUGUGUACUAAUCGGAAUUUGAUUGGCGGCC